AGAGGGAAGUAUCAGGUUCCUGUACUCGGCUGUGGGCUGUCACUGUCUACUAAUAUGACCGUUUUGCCGUCUCUCUGCAAAUAAGGCAGAAGCUGCUACCUGAUUGGUAUAGCAGGCAUCUCACUUUCCCUCCGCAUUGAUUUUCUUGUUCUCCUCCUUUGCUUCACAAAAAGAGGGACAAGUGGCUGCUACAGUGGACACAGAAGCUUUAUUUUUAGUAUGAGACAACCUCUGUUUUCUUUCAGGAGAGGGAAGUUGGAUUAUCAAUUCUUUUGUAAAUGUGUAUGGUGAUAUUUGCUCCGCUUUUUGCAAUCUUUGCAUUUGCAACAUGUGGUGGCUACUCUGGAGGCCUGCGGCUGAGUGUAGACUGCGUCAACAAGACGGAGAGUAACCUGAGCAUCGACAUCGCCUUUGCCUACCCGUUCAGGCUGCACCAGGUGACGUUUGAGGUGCCUACCUGCGAGGGCAAGGCAAGGCAGAAGCUGGCGUUGAUUGGCGAUUCCUCAUCUUCGGCAGAGUUCUUCGUCACCGUGGCUGUCUUCGCCUUCCUCUACUCUCUGGCUGCCACUGUCGUGUACAUUUUCUUCCAGAACAAAUACCGAGAAAACAACCGGGGUCCAUUCAUAGACUUCAUCGUCACUGUAGUCUUCUCCUUCCUGUGGUUGGUGGGCUCAUCAGCUUGGGCGAAAGGACUAUCUGAUGUCAAAGUCGCUACAGACCCCAACGAAGUCUUAUUACUGAUGUCAGCUUGCAAACAGCCUUCCAACAAAUGCAUGGCUGUUCACAGUCCUGUCAUGUCCAGCUUAAACACUUCCGUGGUCUUUGGAUUCUUGAACUUCAUCCUCUGGGCUGGAAACAUAUGGUUUGUUUUCAAGGAGACCGGCUGGCAUUCCUCUGGGCAACGCUAUCUUUCUGACCCCAUGGAGAAACACUCCAGCAGCUACAGUCAAGGUGGUUACAACCAAGACAGCUAUGGAUCCAGUGGUGGGUAUAGCCAGCAGGCCAAUCUGGGGCCAUCCUCAGACGAGUUUGGCCAACAACCUGCUGGUCCCACUUCCUUUACUAAUCAGAUUUAACAAACAUUUGUAUUCUGGAGAUAGUGUCACCACUUUCCAUUUUAGUGGCAGAAGAUUUUUUUUAAAGAGUUCUGAUCAAUUAUUAAUGCAGAGUGUUGCAUAUAAAUCAGAGAUCUGUGGUCUUCCUCAUUAAGGCAGAAAAGCCUGGGUGGUGAUAAAUGGUAUUUAGAGGUGAGAUGACAUAAGGAAAUAUAUUAUUCAUCAUAGAGAGCUAAUUGGAGAGAAUACCUUGUUAUAUACACCGAUACUUUUAUGGUCAUUUUGUAUGUGGUAGAGAUAGUAAAAGCAUUUUGUAGCUUAAAUUCUCUAGUAUGUAAUAUGCAUAAAGCAAAUUAAAUAGCACUAAGGUUUCCUAUGCAUUUUCAUGCAAAGGAUGUUUUAAAUGAUUCCUAGAAGACAAUUUGGUGUAGUGCAAUAUGCAUGCAUUAUUUGUUAGGUUUAGGCCCUGUAUUGUGCAUCUCUAAAUAUUUGUUUCAAACAGUUACUCUAUUUUUUUUUUACUUGAUAAAUCAAUGCUAUGAUUUAAUGCAUGAAUAAGCAUUUUCUCACACAAUGAACAUUUGAAGUAUGUUUGUUAAAAUUUUCCAGUUUGCACCAUGAAUUUGUUAAAUGGAUGUUUAAGGAAAUAUAUUCCCUACUUUGUAUACUUUACAAAUUGUCUCUCUGGCUUUAUCAAGUUUUGAAUGCAUUGUAGCUAAAGUUUGGGAGAUUUUGUCCUAUUAGUAGAAAUGCAAUGAUUUAUAUAAAUAUGUAUUACUUGCCCACUAUUUAUUCUAUUUACUUAGCUAAGUGUUUACACCCUCGUAACUUUCUAUGGUGUUUUUGUGGAUUUUAUUCUGGGAACCAUAAAACUGAAGGCCCAGGAAUUGUUCAUGUUGAUGUAGUGCUAUUUCUUAGAAUGACGGAAAUACAGAUGCCAACAGCAUGGUCUUAUCAACGCUGUGAGGAAGCAUUAAUCCAGGAAGGAUAUUGUGUAAAAUCGACACUACCAGCCAAACCUUUAAAUCCUAUUUGUAAAGCUAACCUUUCUAGAUCUAAUUAUUAAAAAUUCUCAAUUUACAGCUCAACAUACUUAUCUUGAUUUGAAUAUGACCUAGGAAUUAAAGAUGGUUUCUCUAUAUCCCAAAGAGGGUUUUCAUAAAAUAUUCCUGAGAAUGUAUUCAUCAUUAAGAAAAUGCCAACCUUCACCUCUUGGUUUUAACUGAGUUGAACACCAGGGUCCAAGUAAGGAAAACCGAGCAUCUGUAUUUCCAGAAUAAAGUCAUUAUCUGUAUAUAAACUGUGUGAUCUGUGAUGUUGGAAGCAUUGUAGCACAAAACAGUCUUGUGUCUUAGAUGAUAUCUGUGAGUGAGUUUCUCGAUCCUGUGGAUAGACCUGUAUCGUGAUAUCUAUUUGACAUUAAUAAAGUGAUUGCAUACAA